AAUGCUUGAGGAGCAAGGAUUUACUAAGAAACAGCAGUCGAAUUGGUGGGAAGAUGAAAUUCGAAGGCUAGCUGCAUGCUUAAAAGAAAGUGAAUCUGAGAAUCAACGGCUUAAGAAUGAAAAAGAAAAAUUAACUUUAGAAAUUGAUUUGCAAAGUAGAAACUUUUUGGUUGCAAUUGACAACCUUAAAUUAGAAAAGAUGGAUCUUAUGGGAAGAUUACAUGAGGAAAUUGAUAAAGUUAAAAAUUUACUUUCGGAAAUGGAUACAAUGAAAUCAGAUAUGUUCAAAUGCGAACAAGAGUUUCAACAAAGUAGAGUUAAAGCUGAUCAGUCUGAAAUUUUAGAAAAAAGAGUAACGAAGCUGCAAAAAGAAUUACUGCUUAUGGGUGAGUUGCAACAGCAAUAUAAGAGUAGACUUGCCGAAUUGAAAGAACGGAAUGCUGCACUGCACGAGGCUAAAAUUCAAUUGGAUAGUCUAAGUCAACACGAAGAAGCGCUGAAAGCUCAACUUAAUCAAAAAACGAGAGAGUCUGAAGUCAAUAGAGCAACCAUAGAAGAUCUUACAAGCCGAUUAAAUGAUAAAGAACUGCAUUUAAGAGAGAUAAAGGCUGAUUUUGAGCAGUUGCAACAUAAAUCCGAUAGAGACAUAGAGGCGUUGAAGAGUCAUUUAUCUACUAGGUAUAAUAUAGAAUCCACAUUGAACGCGGAAAUAAUAUAUCUGAAAGCCGAACUGGAUAAGAAAACCCAAGAACGAGGUGCUGCUUCUUCAGCAAGAAAUAAAGUGAUAGCGUCCGGAGAAUCCUCUAAUUCACCGUCUUAUGAAAAUGUUGAAAAAGGUGUCGAUAUCGCCUCGGAGACAAUAGGUGUUAUUAGCAGUGGAGAUGAAGAUUAA